CUGGGGUUUGGUUGGCAUGGGCCUGGAUCUUUUCCGCUCUGUCUUCUCUUUCGUCGCAGCUGUGGCUGCUGCAUUUCGCGGAUCUCUACUCGCACGCUCGUCCAGUCUUGCAAAUCCGACGCGGAGCAACCUGUGAGGAACGCGCUCGGCUUCGCAAAAAGUGGUGGGCGGGCGCUCUGAGCUGCUCGAUCGUUCCCGGUAACGCGGCCAGGUCGGAGUAACGUCCGCGCUGGAAUCAACCUGUUUACUCUCAGAGAGGUAAUUAUUACCGCCAGUUCGCCUCUGGAAAAAGGUGAAACCAAUUCCUCUGCGAGACCGUUGUUCGAUAGGCGCAAACUGGCGUGUCCCGAUGUCGACGAGCAGGAGACGAGAAGCACGGCCGGCUCUGGCUGCUUGCCGUUUUUCUCGCUUGUGACGACUGUGAGUCUGCUUGCGCUCUCCAAUUUUCCGAGUCAUUGCGAGCCUCUUACAACUGAAAUCGGAGAAAGGCCUUUCAUGAGAGGGGUUGGAGAUAGUCGUGCAAACACUUCCUCGCCUGUUGCUCAGCUCGCGCUCGCAACUGGCUCCGAGAGCUGCUGCCUGAUUCCCCGUGCAACCCGUUGUCAGCUCGUGAAGAAAAGUAACGCCAGAGGCAUUCAUCCAUCUUGUUUCAAACCUCAUCUCCGUCUUCUCGUAUGCAGGAGACGCGGCUCUGCGAAUUCGACCUGCCUUACGGGACAGAGCCGAGCACCUACUCACAGCAACGAGUGCUCAAGCCUGUGAGAGGCACCGUUGAGCACUCCUCGUGGCACUGCGAAUUUAUAUCCUUCGAUACACCUGCUCGGCGUUGCCCUCGUUUCUUGUGGAGUUCCCCGUCUAGGCCUCUCUGCUGUGCCUUUGUUAACGCCCGCGGCCUCCACUUUGUUUCUCCACCAAAGUCGCCAGAACGAAGUUCACUCUGGAGCGACGCCGUCGUUCCUCUUUCACCUGCUGCGGUUUGCAACCGUGCCUCCUUGUUUCUGCGUUGGUCUGCGCUCUUGUCUUUAUCUCUCCCGCGUCUCUCGUUUUCUUCUGCCUCGUCUGCACCUCGCAAGCAGCCAGUAGACCCUCCACGUGAUGCGUGUUUAAGAGGGAACGCAUGCAGUUUGUAUAACGAUCCUCCAAAGAUCCUAGACACUUUUUCGGGCCGACAACCGCGGGACCAAAAAGUGAAUGUUUCUCAUGCAGGACCUGCAGACUCUGUCAAACGCGGUUUCGAUUUUUGAGCUCGGCGGCGCCUUCGACUCUGGCCUAUCGAGCUCAGGAAACGCAAAGGAGAAUUUUUUGUGAACUUUGUAUCGGGAGUCACGCAUGUGUGAUCGAUUUGUCUAAAGGUAGAUAUACAUGUUUUCUGUAAACCUACAACUUCGUGUGAAGAUUUUAACUCGAUUUGUUGAAACCGCCGUCCUCAGUUAGUGUCCUCAUUAUCUUUGUGAACAAAAACGUGACCGGAGGGGCAGGAAGAAGCGAAGGCAUCGAAUCCCUUCCCUUCUCACAUUGUUCUUUGGGCGCGCGUGUGAUUCGUUUCCUCGGCUAGCACUGCCGGCGCGCUUGAAACCUCCUUGGUUCAGAAGAGGAAGCAACGAGGCGCGUAACCAUGAUUGUGAAUUGCGCGGUAGAACGUGGAUGCGGUAAACAACGACCUUCAAAGAUCAGAUUUGGCACUCCCACUCAGUUCGUUUCUUCCAGUUUUUCUUCGCUGCUUCGGUCUGCCUUUCUCUCAAGACAAAGUCCGCCAAGUGCAAGCCCCUCUCUCGGAACGUGGAAGAAGAGAACCGAUUUUGGGCGCGCACCCCGGGUUUCUCGCCCUCCGUUCUUCCUUUUUCAUUCCCCAUCUCUCCUCUCUACCACAUGGCUUCUCCACGCCGCUUUCCAUGUUCCACCAUGGCGCGGCUAUGUGUUUUGCUUCUUUUCUUUACUCUGUGUCUCACCACUGCGUCGUCCCUGGCUGCGUCGGACGCGAAACUCGCUUCGGGUGCUCCCGCCAGUGACAAUGAGACACAGGAGAGAAGCCAGGCAAAUACAGCGUCACCCUCGCUAACCUUGGCGCUGAGUCCGUCGGACAACUCUGAAGCGGAGACAGAAAAUGCGGGGGAACACUCUAAUUCCUCGCAGCAGGCGACCGUCGCGCCUGCAACCGAGUCGGUCUUGAUGAGUGACUCAGUAGGCUCUGAUCCGCUGGCCGCGAAAACCACAAGCGAGGAGACAACUGUCGAAGCGCUAAACUCGGAGGCGACAACCAGCGAAGAUCCACUCGCUGGCAGGGCGUUUUCAGAGAGCCUCGAUGCCUCUGUGAAGAGCGACACUGCGUCAGGCGAAAGCGCAGAAGUUGCGGAUUCGCUAGAAUCUCAGGAGGCUUCUCACCUGGUUGGAGCAGACGUCCUGAUUGGAAAGGAACGACCGACUGAUAGCGAAGUUUCGAGUGCGACAAGCAGUCCCGAGUCUUCUGCUGUCAGUAGCGAGCCGGAGAGAGGGGAGGAUGCCGUCGCCCUCGCGUCGCCUAGUGGUGAGGACGUAGGCCAAGCGUCUGGCGACUUAGGUCCCCUAGCGCCCCGCGUUUCGUUACCGUCGCCGUUGGAAGUUCAAGGCCGCAACAGAGACAAACAGGCGGUCGGCACAAGCCUCGAGGCGGCCCAGCGAGAGGCGCCAGUCGACGCGGGCGCGAUACGCGACCUCCACCACCUCCGGCCUCCCGCGCCUUCCCGUGGAAGGGCCGCUGGCGACGGCAACGGAAACAAGCCGAUUGGAGGCAAGCAGAGUGGAGCGGCGCCAGUGCCUCCCGGCUCUCCUGCCAAUCAACAGGCUGACACCAACCCAGCGAAUGAGACCUCGACAGGCCCUGGAGCCGGUGCGGGUGCGGCGAAUGAUGACAGUGGAGAGCAAUCCGCGACAGAGGACAAGAGUGACAGUUGCGGGUCGUCCUGCCGAAGAGGCCGGAGCGAGAGGCGCCACAGGAGAGGACUGCAGAUUCUCACGGACAUUGCUUCGUCGACGUGGAACGCUAUCAAAGCGGUACCAACGGCAGUCCUUUCGGGCGCCAGGAAAAUGCGUCUGAUCGCUCGCGGGAAGCUGCCACUGUCGUGGCGGAGGUUCCUAAGUAAGGUGCCUCGGGUGGAUGUGAAUGCGGUCCCCGAGUUCCGUAGACUGAAAGAGCAGAUGCGUCGCGAGGAUCGCAUGGUGAUGCUCGUGGAGACUCCGUCGAAGGAGCUGAGAGCGCUGGUGAAGUCGGCGAUGCGUGCGCUGGGGCUGUCUCGCGUCAGGCCGGGGAUCACUCACGCGACGGACCCGUCGCCAGGCGAUGAUGCCAACGCGCAGAUGCUCGAAGAGCCGCUGGUGGUGAAGGCGCGCGUUUUUGACGAACGAGACGGGACGCGCGUGGGCCUGGAAGUGAAUGGGCAGCUUUGGGCCGCGCCGAAGAACGCCUUUAUCCUGCCAGCUUACGGAGCGUGGAUCUCUGACUUGGGUGACUGGAAGCCGCGGGCGAAUGAGGGGGAGCGCCGCAGGAGGAAAAAGAAGCUGUUCAUGGCCUUCAUGGUGAUGCCUCGGACGCGAGGCGACGUUCGAGACUACCUGUGCAAGCGGUCGCUUCCCGUCGACGUCAAGUACGCUGCAGCUGAGAUGCUGUACGCAGUCCAGAAGCUGCACCGCGAAGGCUUUUUACACAGAGACAUCAAGCUGACAAAUUUCUUCGUGGGGUACGACGGCCAUGUGCUCCUCGCCGACUUCGACGGCGUCUGGCCGAUCGGAGUGCCGGCGGACGCAGACAAGUACCUCGUCUACACCCGGGGCUACUUGGCCCCUGAGAUAGACCCUCACGACCAAGUCAUUUUGAACACCGCAAAGUCUGAUGUGUACGCCCUCGGCGUCUGCCUCAAGCAGCUGGCGAAGCGGUACCCGAAGACAGCCGACGUAGACAAGCUGCACGACUUGAGUGAUAAGAUGACGGAGGCGAAUCCUCGCAGAAGAUUCACGCUUGAGGAAGCUCUGGGGCACAGUUUCUUCGACGGCGUCGACUUCGAAACGCUCGAACAACUUAAACACCCGGCGCCGUUCCCUGGAGACUUCCAAAAUCGCGCGACGUUUUAUCGAUAGGAUGGCCAAGUCGAAUGGAGGGACUUGCGGCGAGAGACGCGUGGGGGAGAAGGAGAAGGAGACAUGAGAGAGAAGGCGACCCUUCCGGCCGAACACGAUUCUUCUUUGAAACGGGGCCUGCCGCCGUUGGCGUGGUAUCAACGCACAAGAGGCGGAGUGCGAGGCUCACAAGAAGCGAGAAGGUGGUUCUGGCGCAGCCAGUAUUGGAGGAGGAAUGGGGACGGAGGAGGGUGGUGAAAUGGAAAAUACGCGAAAAGGAGGGAAAAAAACGUGAGCGGGUGAACGAGCACUGCAGCGCACCGGGAGAAAAGAGGUGUGUGGGACAGGCAAGAAAGGCCAGGUGAAGUAGAUAACACGAAACAUCGUGGGCAAGUGAGUUCACAGACGGGGAGGACACACAUCGUACGCACCAAAUGUAUACGGGGGUCCACAGCUUCAAACACCUCCAAGAACGCUGACAAACGAGAGACUCGCAGGACAGUAAGACGCGCCUGGAGUCUGUUUCCUCUGUUUCUAUUUGAUAUCUCGAACGGUGACGCGUUUGCAGCGAAACGCUCGUGUGUACACGGACUUUCGAACUCAAUGUUGGCUCAAAUACUUCUUGUUUAACUACGUUUGUGUCUGCCGGUGAUAUGCCAUAUCGACGGAGGGGCGGAGCACCCGUCGUGCAAAAUACUGACACUGACCAGAAGAAAAUGGCAUGCACAGGCAAACACACACAUGGUUUUUCCGAGAAAUCGGCACUGCAUGGUGCAACUCAUGAACCGCCUUCAGAUGUAACAACCCCUCCCGAAGGAGAUCGUACUGCGCCAUGUAGCAGGACGUCCACAAUCGGAAAUAUUCAGAGGCGGGACUGGCGACCUAUACACAGAGACACUGAUCCAACUAUGUAUUCGCGUGGAUACAGGGGCGACAAAGGGAUGCGACGCACACACAUCAGUUCCAGGGGAAAAUAUCGACAGCCGGUUCAGUAAUCUGGAUACUCCAUGCGCCUCUUGAUGUAUGACUCCUUACACUGGAAAGCGAAAUAAGUGUUCGAGUUUUAGUUGGUUCACUCAUGGAACCACCACAGGAAGGCCACGCUUCUUGCCUUCUGUAUUGUUUACUCUCGCUGUUGUUGGGUCGGCGUGUGUUUUGUCAACUGGGUUGAAGGACGCCACGGACGCUUGCCUUGUGCCGACUCCAGAGGAACCUUUUGCUCUUGAACACCACGCCAGGGGUGUCCCCAUAGCCUGAAGUUUUUUUAACUCUUUGACGCUUUGCUAACGAAAUACCAAGACCUCUAAUCAACCGUUCUCCGAAACCCAUCCUGCUCGCCCACACGGUUGCCACGACACCUCGCGGCCGACAGUUCCCGGAUCGUUAUUUUCAUGCAAAUAAAGCAGACAUGCCUCUACCACUGAGACAGACCCUAUGAAUUUGCCUUUUGGGUGCCCAAGAUAUUUUUAAGAGGAUAUGACACCUGAGAGGAGUGGAAGAGGGUGGCCCGGUUCGCGGCGUUUUAGGUGCCGCGAAGAAACAGCCCAGCGAGGGUAGCGUUCCAAGAUCAUCGCAAAAGGCGACUUUUGUUGUUUCACCGACCAUGUUCUGCACUGUCGUGACAACAGGUGUUGCAAUAAGAAAGCAACACAGUAGGGAACAUGUGCCCCUUUCCUCUGUAGGAAAGCAUAACUACACGUACACGCAAAGGCGUCAACUGUUUCCGACAUUUGCUGAG